AUGUACUUUUAUCUCCCGGAAAACAAGGAUGGAUUGGAUGAUCUUGUCAAGGCAAUGGCAUCUACUUCUGGAUUCAUGGACAAUCACGUUCCAAGAAGUAAAGUUUUAGUUAGUGAAUUCAGAAUCCCAAAGUUUAAGAUUGCUUAUGGCUUAAACAGCAACGACUUGGGGUUACGUUCAGUGGAUUUGUUUCAUAAAGCAUGUGUGGAGAUUAAUGAAGGCGCUGAAGCUGCUGCUACAACUUUUACAAUCGCUUGUGGAUGUGCGAUGCCAAUGAAGCCUCCUAAGCGGAUAGAUUUUGUGGCAGAUCAUCCCUUUGUGCACCAAGUAGUGGCUCUAGCAAGGGAAGCUUGUGCUUCUGGCCUCGUAAAGAAUAUAUAA